GGAGCCAGAUGAGGCACAUCUGGACAGCUGCGCUGAGGAACUGUGCGGCCCCUUCGCGGGCCGGACUUCUGCUGAGCACGUCCCCCACGUCCUCUCCUAGCCACUUAUUAUUUAUUCAUUUCCCCCCCAAAAGCAAAAAAGGAUCCAAGUUUUAAACUUCUCCCCCCUGCUAAUGCGAGAGGGGGCCAGAUCCUAUCCAACACAGUUUAAUUUUCAUGGGGCUCUGGGAUCAAAAGAACAGAAACAGCAACAACAAAAGCCCAGCCGCUGUCUGAUGUAAAACUGGCAAAGUGGGGAAAAUAAAGUGUUGAGUAAACAGACCGAGUUGGGUCUCAAUGGAAAAAGACUGAUCUCCCUUGAAGUAGAGGGAAUCCUGCCAACUGACGGCCUUUGGACUUGAACUGCAGCAUCAGCUCUUCCCUGGGUUCCCAGCCCGUUGGCUUACCCUGAAGAUUUUGGACUUGCCAGAUUACAGUCAUGUAUUUGAUCUACUGAGACCAAGGAUGAUGAAUGACUACUAGGAAGGGAGAAUUGGUCUGAAAAAUGUUCAAAGGUGUCAAAGUAGUGAUGGGGAGCUUCAAAGGCCAUGCCCUCCCUGGGACCUUCUUUUUUAUCAUGGGUACUUGGUGGGCUAUAAAGAGCAUUCUGAAGUAUACCUGCCGAAAACAGAAACGGACUUCCUACCUGGUUUCCAAAGCCCUAUUUUAUCGAAUUGAACUUUUGGAGGGAAUCACAAUAAUCUGCAUGGCCAUAACUGGUAUACUUGGGGAACAGUUUAUUGUUGGAGGGCCUCACCUGUCCUUAUAUAACUAUAAAGAGGGCCAAUGGGUCCAACUCCUGGGCUGGCAUCACUGCACCAUGUAUUUCUUCUUUGGGCUGAUGGGUGUGACAAACAUCUUAUGUUCCACCAUCAGUUCACUUCCUGCUUCUUUAACCAAGUUAAUGAUGUCAAACGCUUUAUUUGUGGAGGCUUUUGUUUUCUACAACCACACUCACGGCCGGGAAAUGCUGGACGUCUUUGUGCACCAGCUGCUGGUCUUGGUCAUCUUGCUGACAGGCUUCGUCGCCUUCCUGGAGCUCUUCACACGUGGCAACGUAACUGUGGAGCUUCUGCGAUCAAGCUUUAUCCUGCUUCAGGGGAACUGGUUCUGGCAGAUUGGUUUUGUCCUUUAUCCCCCCAGUGGAGGUCCUGCAUGGGAUGCAAUGGAUCAUGACAACAUUAUGUUUCUCACCAUAUGCUUUUGUUGGCAUUACGCAUUGACCUUUGUCAUCAUUGGAAUGAUUUAUGCCUUUGUUACCUGGCUGACAUCUGGGCCUCAUCUCCUUAGGGGCUGGGCAGUCUCCAAGACCAGCGCCAACAUUCAGGGAGCCUCUCCACUGCAUGUCAGCUCCUUUCCAGAGUCCAAAGAAGACUACUGUCUCUUCUUGUUCCAAAAACCUUCAGACCCCUAAUGAAUUUCUUAUCUACUUACAGUUCUCUAGAAAGAAGCUCCGUGUUUAUUUUGCAACCUCUGCCCCCAACCCUUAACGUUGUGACCAUGUAGUUCCCUCUACCUGGCAUAUCCAAAUUAAAUGUCCAUCUCUUCUAUGAAAACUUCUGUGAUUAUUCUAGCUCUGGCUCAUCUUCCUUCAUGAGCUUUUAUAGCACUUUAGUCUCUACCACACAUUUUAACAAUGCUGAUCUAUCUUGUGAUGUUUGCUAUUAGCCUGUUAGUCUUAUCUGUUAGC